AUGGGAAUCAGAUUUGAUGCGAAUGGCAAUUUCCUGAACGUCUGGGAUCAGGGUCAACCCGAUAAAGAUAGGAACUUGUCCGGUGCCAGCGGAAGAGCUAGGCUGUCCAAUUUUGUCGAGAAGACCAUCGAUCUUGGACCAGGAGAGAGCUUUGGUGGUGAGGAUAUAUAUUCCACCUACUGGUUAGGCCGAGGGGUAUGUCCCACAAGCUCAAUCGUUAAAGUUACUGCCAGAGAUCAGCCACACAGUGAGGGGAUAAUGGAGGGAACCCUCUCACCAUCCACUUGUCCUAGUUUGACUUUUGGACAUUACGUCUUUUCUGUGACAUCGGAAAAGUCCACUUCCACUGUCGAUUCAGAACCACCUGACGAAGCUGCUGUCAGGAGAGAGCUGUUGACGGAAUUGAACGAAGCCACGAAUGGUUCGACUCGUGCUUGA